AUUACUCAUAGUGCUUAUAUUGUAUAGGACAAUGGUCUUAUUCUGUGGCAAUGUGACAAUUCAGCUUUAGAUUGUACAAUCUUAUUUGAGAGGGAUAUCAUAUUUCUAUGUAAAUUUGUUUAGAAACAUUCAUCAUGGUUCAAUCUAAAUCCUGUAUGGCGGGGUGUGCUGGGAAGACAGCACGGGUGCUGUUGAUCGUCUUUAACAUUUUAUUUGCAGUAUGUGGUGUAACCAUCCUAGCAGUUGGUAUCUGGUUAAGGGUUGAUCCAUCAGUUGUUCAACUACAGGAACUUGUUAAUCUAGAUAGUAAGAAUCCCAAUCUAGCCAACGCAGCUUAUAUUCUGAUUGGAUUUGGUGGAUUUAUGCUUUUGGUGUCAGUAUUUGGAUGUUGUGGUGGAAUCCAAAAAAGCCGAAUUUUACUUGGUUUGUACAUAGCUUGUUUAGUUAUUAUAUUUAUUGGUCAAAUAACUGCUGGUAUACUUGCUGCUCUAUAUAAAACUGAUGUGGAACACACAAUAGAAAGCAAUCUUUUGGGUGUAUUGGAGAAUGAUUACAAGCCUGGUCGAACAAAAUAUACUCAACCCUGGGACUAUGUUCAAGUUUGGUUACAUUGUUGUGGUGUUCAUAAUUAUACAGAUUACAAAGAUAUAAAAUUUGGAGUGGGCCAGAUGGUACCACUGACUUGCUGUAUAUUAGAAAAUGAAGACCCAAAUGAUCCCAUGCCCAAAAAUAACACUCGUUGUCAACUAGAAGCUAAUCAAACAGUUGCAGGAGAGUUUUUAAAACCAUUAGGGUGUCUGGAUGGAGUGACCAAUGCUAUUAAGGAAUAUGAUGGUAUUUUGAUUGGUGUUGCUAUAGGAAUUGCAGUCAUUGAGAUUCUGGGAAUAUUGCUGGCUUGUUGUGUCUGUAAAAAUAUCCAUUCAGAAAAAUUGGCAUAAUGGGAUCAAGGAUUGAUAACGGAGGGUUGUCAGAUAAUCUUUGCCGAAAAUGUAACAUCAAAGAGAUUAUCCUUACCACUCUUACCUAAAGUUUCACCUCGGCCUGUGCUUUCGUAAUUUCAAUUAUAUGUUGCUGUUACAACUACUUUUAUUGCCUGUGUCAGGUAUGAAUUCAGUGUACAUCCAACACUUAUAAAUAUCACGCUGAUGUAACUGAAUUUUCACCUUGGCCUGUGCUUUCGUAAUUUCAAGUAUUUGUUAUCACAAUAACCUUCCCAAGUUGCGUGAACGUAAAUUUUGAGUGUAAUCUUUUGGAUUCAUUGAAUUGAAUUAGUCUGAGAUUCAUUGUCUUAUUGUACAACAAACAUUCCAUGAAUGCGUCCUAAAAAUUAUUCAGAUUAUUUUGAAUUGUACAGAUUAUCUUAAAUUAUACAGAUUAUCUUAAAUUGUACAGAUUAUCUUAAAUUAUACAGAUUAUCUUAAAUUGUACAGAUUAUCUUAAAUUGUACAGAUUAUCUUAAAUUGUACAGAUUAUCUUAAGCUAAAGAAUCUACACCCUCUGAAAUCUUCCCUUGAAGUUGCCCUUGUUUUUAUUCAUAUUUUACAUAAAUCUCAGUGUUGAUGUAAAUUUAUUGUUUUUAUUGCCUUCAAUAGUAACUUCUCUUGUACAUUUUCAUUAUUAAAAUUUUUCUAUUGUUUUUCAUAUUAUGAUAUUAUGUAAUAUAUAUAUAUAUAUAUAUAUAAAGAUUUUCUUAACUGAA